CUCGUUUCGUUUUCCUCCUCUCGAACCACACGACGACAGAGACCAGACGCAGAAGAUGUCGAGAUCUCGAUAGCUAGCUAGCUUGUGCAUGAGCAUGACUCCUCACUGCUUAUAGCUUAGCUUCCUAUAUAGCUCGAUCGAUCGAUCACCAGGCCGUGCCGAUCGGCGGCGUACUGAUCAUCGAUCGAUCGAUCGAUCCAUGGCGUCGGCGUCGCCGAGUAGUAAUUCGGUCGUAGGAGGGGCCGGCGCCGGCGCCGGCGACGUGUGCUGCAUGUGCGGCGACCGCGGCCUGCCGGAGGAGCUGUUCCGCUGCCGUCUCUGCCGCGUCCGGCUGCAGCACAGGUAUUGCAGCGAUCUGUACCCGAGGGCGACGGCGUACAGGCGGUGCAACUGGUGCCUGGUCAGGGAGCCUGCUCCCGCCGCCGCCGCCGGAGCCGCCGGCCAUGUCCACGCGAUGGUGGAUAAGCCGACGACGGUGCGACGGAAGACGGCAUCGUCGUCGUCGCCGCCGCCGUCGUCGUCGAUGACGGAUCAGGAGACUUCGCCGACGACGAUGUCCAGUGAGGCAGAGCGGCAGCGGCGCCUGCAGGAGGCGGCCGGAUGGUCGGCUUCCAGGAGGGCGCCGGACACGGCCGGGCUCGGCCGGCCGGUCAAGAAGCAGAAGGCUGCCGCCGACGACGACGAGGGGGAGGAGGCUCCGGGCGCGAGAGCGGCGCCGGCGGCGAAGGGGAACAACGGCGGCAACAAGGAGGAGAUGCAAGCGGCGGGGAAGAAGACCGGGGUGAAGGUCAGGGUGAGGAGGUACAAGCUCCUCGCCGAGGUCAUCAGCUGCUAGAGCCAAUUGCGGUUGCUACAAUGUGUACAGUAUGUGUACUGUAUACACGUAUCCGUCGUUAUGCACGGCAAAUAGUGUACAGAUCUUGUGAGAAACCAUAAUCGAGUCGGAGCCCUCUUCUUACGCGGU